GUGACAACAAAAUAACAAAAUUAAAACUUCACAUGUGAAAAUUUCUCUUAUAUUUCAUCGGUUUCCAGCGUAUAUCUCCAAUAAAUAUAUACUAAAAAUAGAAAAAUGAGUGGGAAAAGCAAGAAAGUGAAAGUCCUUGUGAGGACGCGACCAACAGCGAACUUUGCACAUGACAUGAUUGACCUACAGCCAGAUGGAAAAACAAUUAACAUCCACGGUAAGAGAGAUGACAGAAGAGGUGUGGUAAACAAUCAGAUACUGGACUGGUCUUUCAAACUAGAUGGUGUGUUACACAAUGCCAGCCAAGAGCAAGUCUAUGAUACAGUUGCUACUGAUAUUGUUACAUCAGGCCUCGAUGGAUACAAUGGAACACUUAUGGCCUAUGGGCAGACGGGGGCAGGAAAAACUUUCACUAUUACUGGAGCCACAGAGAACUACAAGCACAGGGGCCUUAUUCCUAGAGCUUUGUCACAACUUUAUGCUGAGAUAGAUGAUAGGCCAGAAUACUCCAUUGCAAUUAGGUUAUCAUAUCUUGAGAUCUACAAUGAGUCUAUGUUUGACCUGCUGUCCACAUUGCCAGAGUCAUUAGCUGGUAGCAACUAUAACCCUAUGACAGUUGUGGAGGAUGAGAAUGGGGUAUAUGUAAAAGGACUCUCUUGUCAUCUGGCCCAGAAUGAGGAGGAAGCAUUGAACCUUCUGUUUGAGGGUGAGACUAACAGGGCAAUUGCAGCACAUUCUCUCAACAAACAGUCGUCAAGGUCUCAUUGUAUAUUAACGGUCUACAUAGAGUCACGGUCUCGAGUCCAAUCAGAGGCAAAAUACACAACUUCUAAACUGAACUUUGUAGAUUUAGCAGGCUCUGAACGACUUGGUAAAACAAAGUCUGAAGGCAAGACGCAACAAGAAGCAAUGUACAUCAACAAAUCUCUGACAUUCCUCGAACAAACUAUCAUAGCAUUAGCGGAUAAACGUCGUGAGCAUGUACCUUAUAGGCAGACCAAACUGACACAUUGCCUCAAGGACUCUAUAGGGGGUAAUUGUAAGACACUACUGGUUGCUAACAUUUGGGGAGAAUCUCAGCAGAUAGAGGAAACAAUCUCCACCUUAAGGUUUGCAACAAGAAUGAUGUGUGUUGCGAGUGAACCAUGCAUCAAUGAGGACUACGACCCUACCAUCAUGGUGAAGAAACUAGAGCGAGAAAUCAAAGCCCUUAAACAUGAACUUGCCAUGCAUGACACUUUGACAAACAGGAGUCAAAUAAGCUAUGACCCUCUAUCAGAGCAACAGAAGUAUGAGACGAGACAGCAAGUGAAGCGCUAUCUAAGCAAAUCUUUGGAUGAGAUUGAUAUUGUGAAUCUACGUCAGAUACAGGGUGUGUUUGAGGCAUUCAGGGACAUUUGCAAUGAGAUGGAAAAAGACAUUGAGAAGAAGCUAAAAGAAAAGUACACACUAAUUGACAAAACAGACCCCGCCUCCAUUGCGGCUGCUCAGAAGGCUGGUGUUCAAAUAGCUGAUGAUGGCACAUUCGUAGGAGAUACUGAUGGGAAUGGAUUUGGUGUAGGCAUGGCCCCUAAGAGUGCAAAGGCUGACCAAUCAUCUGUGGUAAAUGCCAAGAAGAGAGAUGCCAAGAGAGGGAAGGGUAAAGCAGAGCGCACUGCACCUAGUCCUAUAGCAGGCAAGGGUGGACAAGCAGCAGCCUCUCAACAGAGUACCAGAGACAAGGACACAGCAACUCCUCACACCCCCUCAGCUGAUAAGAAACGAGGAGAACAAGAGGGGGAGGAACCACCAUCUAGUGCUCCUAGCUCCGCAGGUCAACGAACCCAGCCCCCACCACAGCAACGCCCUAGUACACCACCCCUCAGGACUGUUGCAUUUGAAGAGUUUAAAAAUGAGCGCGGAAGUGAAAUUAAUAGAAUUCUUAAUGAAAAUAAGGAUAUUUUGGUUAACAAGAAGAAAGCUUAUGCUGAAAGAGCCAGAGCUAUUAACUCAGUAAAAGUUGAUAUUGACAAAACUAGAGUGAAGCUAGAGGAUUUGAAAAUGGAUAGAGAAUCACAAGGUGGUCUAUACAAUGAUGAAGGAGAGGCAAUAAUAACAGAGGAAGAAUUUUUAGAAAUCAAAAAACUCAAAGAACUCAAACAUUCCUAUAAAGUAGACUUUGAAGAAUUGAAAUCUCUAAAAUCUGAAGUUCAAUAUUGUCAAAAAUUAGUCGACCAAUGUCGUCAACGACUGAUCACAGAGUUUGACGCAUGGUAUGCAGAGAGUUUCCUAACCCCUGGUGAUGACCUACAAACUAGUCAGCAAGCUGGAGUGGGAAUGAGGGCGGGAGUCGUGCCACCAUAUGACCCUAACGGAAUGCCUGAAGAUGAACAAGAAAAGUUUGAUCGCCUCCAGACAGAACUUUUGAUGGAGAAUCCUGACUCGGCAGCUUAUUACAAUGCCAGGAUGAGAACAGAAAGACGGAAAACUUACGAGUUUGCCAUGAGCCAGCCUCAACCUGGUAUGACAGCCCGUAAACCAGGGACCCCGACCCGUAAAAUUCGCAACCAAGCACCAACAAUGUUAGAAGUUGUGCCAUAAAUUCUCUACUAUAGUCGAGCUUGAGUUUCGAGUACAAUGGACAGUUGGAUUUAUAAACCAGUCUCAAACUGUUUUUGUCUGGUCAUAUUAUAUUAAUUUGUCAAAAUAGACCGUGGGAGAUGAUCCUGACAUUAUAGCUAUUUGAUUAUAUUUUUAACUUCAAGAGUUUGCCAAAAUGCAGGAUUACUUUCUUCAUAUGCAUUUUUUAUGAAACUAAAAAAUUGAAUUGAUUAUAUUCUAAACAUCUCCUGUAUUAUAGCUGUGGGUGAAUGGGAAUCAGAGUAUAUGCCAAUGUGCAGUUUUCUAAUAAACUAUGUAAAAUUAAAAGGUAAGAAAAUUCAGGAUGAAAUCCUCGAAAAUUGUAAAUAUUGUACAUAUAAUGUGCCCUCCUUAUAUUAAUUAUGUAUAUAUUGUAUGUAAAUGUACAGAUGUAUCAAUAAAAAUUAUUUAGUUUCAUUAACUUCAAA